AUGUAUGGUGUUGCCGGUGAAGACGUAAAUCAUACCUUCGGCCCUUUAGACGGAAGCAUCUACGCUACGAUCGCAAAAAAGCCGGAAUUGUCACCGGGAGCUGUUUCUAGUCCAUUGACGGUGUCGAUGGACAGUGGCAUAUCAUCAGCAGGACACCAUCCGCCAAACGCCAACACCACCACCUCCUCGGGCAGUCCACCUCUCACGGCUCAACCGUCCCCUCUCACUCCGGAAGAUCAACACCGCGAACUUGACGAACUGCUCAGCGAUAUGAUGCUCACCGUUCAGUCGAUUCCGGACUUGAAACCGUCGCCGACUUCAUCUAUAAACGUGAGAGAAGAGGAUAACUUCCGAUUUAUAGACGACGAAGAGGAGAGAGGACACCAUCCGCCAAACGCCAACACCACCACCUCCUCGGGCAGUCCACCUCUCACGGCUCAACCGUCCCCUCUCACUCCGGAAGAUCAACACCGCGAACUUGACGAACUGCUCAGCGAUAUGAUGCUCACCGUUCAGUCGAUUCCGGACUUGAAACCGUCGCCGACUUCAUCUAUUAAUGUGAGAGAAGAGGAUAACUUCCGAUUUAUAGACGACGAAGAGGAGAGAGGUAUUCCGUACCACGCUAGGCAAACCAGUCAACCCUUUAGUCAAUCGCUUCAACCAAUCAAAAGAGACUUCAGAGAAGAAUAUUACAGAGAAGAUGUAAGAAGGUACGAUCCCUUAAAAAGAAGCCUUACCGAAGGCACUAUAAGAAGAAGUCCAGAGAAAAUCUACAAGCAGUCACAGUCAUUAGUAAACAGUCCAUAUUCGGAUUCAGAGAGCUUGUCACCUCCAGGUGCUUUUAGAAACAACACAAAGUCACCAGAAUUUCACGAAACGUAUGCUAACAGUUCAAAUUUAACAUGGCUUCAACGUCAACAACAGAAAUUAAAAGAACGAAGAGAACUUAUUUUGAGAGAAGAGCGACAGCCACAUGAAACCAGGCUUUUAUCUGAACUUCGCUCUAUUCAAUCCAGGCAUAUGCGCCCCACUGCAAGUCAUCGUCUUGACGCUUUCGCCGACGAUGAUGAAGAUUACACUAUUCCUCUACACAUCAACACCAUGCACAAAAACGGAACCUCUACUCCAGGAUCUAACAGUACUUACAGUACACUGAAGUCUACUUAUAGCACCAGUGUUAAAAACGAAAGGCCUUUCGUCAGCGUCAAGAGAGCUCACGAACGAUAUGCACAGAAUGGUAACCAGUCCCCAGCACAAAUUUUAGCUGCAAACCCUUUAGGGCACGUAGUCCGUCCUCCCUCCAGAAGCACUGAUCAAGUAGAUAGUGGACUUUUAUCGUUAGCGGAAAAACAGCAAUACAAAACAAACUACAGUAAACAACAACAAACGGUGGGUAUUGAAAGUGAGACGGACAGUUCGCCGACUGCAGAGGAAAGGCUGCCUAGACCACCCACUGAUGGAAAGCCGUCUGUUGAUCAUAGAUCGCCUAUUGACAGGGAGCAACCUGUAGGUCAACGGCAGCUUGUUGACCGAGGGGAGCGCUCUGAAGAUAGGUCAGACGGUAGACCCCCUGUGGAUGGUGCUAGGCUAGAAGCGCUGAAUGACCUGAUCGCUAACCUAUCGAGUGGGUCUGAUAAAUCUAACGAGAGUCCUAACAAUGUUGCACCAGCAUGGCAGUACCAACGUGAAGAAUCAAUUCAGUCUUGGCGAUCACAGACAGGCACGGAGCUGGACUCAAGUCCCUCUCACAAUUCUUCUCCAAGACCUCAAACACCAGCGUUUCCUGUGCACGCCAGGACUCCUUACAUAAAUGCUUCUACUCCAACUGUACAAUUCGACAUACCUUCCGAACGAUUACCUCCAAAAAGUCCUACAACCCAGAGAAAGGACCGACCGACUUCUCCCUCCGACUUGACCAACGGUUCAGCAGAAUACACUCACACAAUUACUAGCCGCAGCAUUUCGGCAACGCCAACAUCAGGUUUUAGAGAUACCACCGAUAACUAUCAGCAUAGUCCAAAAAGUCCAAGCUAUAAUGGGUCUUCUUCCCCCACUGUUUAUUACGGAACAUCCAGGAGAAGCUCCAUAAACUCGAACAACGAAUCGCCACAUGAGGUUUCAGCAGCUAAUGUAAAAUUUGUUAGAGAUACUUCCAAGUUUUGGUACAAGCCUUCUAUUACCAGAGAACAAGCCAUCAUUAUGCUCCGUGAGCAACAACCAGGAACUUUUGUAGUCAGAGACUCGAACUCCUUCCCAGGAGCUUUUGGAUUGGCCUUAAGAGUUGCUACAGUGCCAUCGAACGUGCAAAAUAAGAGUGGCUCCAGUGACGAUUUAAUCCGCCACUUUCUUAUUGAACCCACCAGCAGAGGAGUUCGUCUAAAGGGAUGUCAGAACGAACCAGUGUUUAGCUCUUUGUCAGCAUUGAUUUACCAACAUUCGAUUACCCAGAUGGCACUUCCUUGCAGACUUAUUCUUCCACAUGAGGACUUAAGAAGAUUUUAUAACUCAAAACAACUUUUUAACGUGGAUAGGGGAAGAUCUUCAAAAAACACAAUCCGCACCAGACCGGAAAGUAGCUGUUGA